AUGUGCGCCGCCCAUGACUCUCUCCCAACAACUUCUCCGGCUGACAGCGCCCCGCAGUACCUCAACCGCAAGCCGCUCCACGGCAAACCUACCGCCCAUCUCGGCUACCACGAGGGCCUUCAACUCGUCCGGGAAUUCCUCCAUUAUGCUGCCGAACACACCGUCGAGGAGGUCCAGGCAUUCACCCAGCAAUGGGUCCCCGUCCCGGCCUGGGUGAAAACCGACGAAGUCAUCAUUUCGUCCGAUUACCUUUCCAAAGCGGCCGACCUGCUACAAUCGCAAUUGGGACCGGAUGGUAUCAAAUUGGUUGGCGGCAAGACGUGGUGGCAAUGGCGACGCGACAACGCCGAGCUGAAGGCCGAAUGGGUUGAGAUGCGGAAGGACGCUAGCGAGCGCAAGGAGGCCGGCGACGAGCUGGGCUCGCGAAUCAUGCUCUACAUCCACGGCGGCGCGUAUUAUUUUGGCAGCGUUGACGAGCAUCGUUACCAGAUGCAGCGCCACGCACGGAAGCUGAAAGCGCGCAUCUUUGCCCCUCGGUAUCGCCUUGCGCCCCAGUUUCCCUUCCCCUGCGGCCUGCAAGAUGCCAUUGCGGCGUAUCUACACCUCCUGGAGAAGCACGAUCCAUCGACUAUUAUCGUUGCCGGUGAUUCCGCCGGAGGCGGUAUGACGCUGGCCAUGCUGGUCACUUUGCGCGAUCAGGGAAUACCUCUGCCGGCUGGAGGAGUUCUGCUUUCGCCCUGGGUGGAUUUGACCCAUUCCUUCCCUAGUUUGUGUGGCGAUGGGAAAUGGGACUAUAUUCCGGCACAUGGUUUUGUGCACAAGCCUUCAGUGUCCUGGCCGCCUCCAAAUGACGACGAUAUGAAGGUUAUCAAGGAGGCCUCCAUGGAGCUGAAGGCAAAGUCUGGAAAGCUCAAGGAUCUCACCGCAAGUCAAUCUGCAGAGCAAAAGCAGGAGCGUGCCCGCGGUUACUCAAUUGAAAACCCCCGCGACGGUGCCGAGGCUUCCGCACCAUCGACAGCUGAUGCUCAAUCGAUUCCUCCCCCUCCGCCGGUGCUCUCCGUCAACAUUGAUGGGCAGUUGAUCACCAUCAAGGACCAGAUCCAAUUGUACGCUGCAAAUGAACUUAUCACUCAUCCUCUGGUAUCGCCUAUCCUCCAACCGACACUGGGUGGCCUCCCGCCGCUUCUCAUCCAGGUUGGCGGAGGAGAACUGCUUUGCGACGAGCAAAUCUACCUCGCACACAAGGCCGCCGCACCCAUGGACUACCUCCCCGAUCUCUCCAAGAUGAGUCCCGAGGAGCAAGAGAGAGCGCUGGAGCAGGCCAAGAAGUAUCCACCAACCGAUGUGAAGCUCGAGGUUUGGGACGAUUUGUGCCACGUCACGCACACGUUGAGCUUCACCCGGCCAGCGAAGCUCAUGUACCGCGCCGUGGCACAGUUUAGCGCCUGGGCUCUUGCAAGGGCACAGAACAAGCCAAUCGACAUUCUCGAUGACGACGCCGUUUCUCACAUCAGCAGCUCGUCAGAAUCAGGUAAUGACCCAGAAACGACGAACGGCAGCUCCAAGCAGCAGAAGACCGAAGAGGGCGCUUCUAAUGCGGGUCUCAAAGCGGACAAUAGUAGUGAAGAGUCGGUAGGGAGAGCCGGAGAUGCGAUUCCGCCUUUCAAGGACCACAUGAUCCGCCAACGAAUCAACCGCCACGGUGCAAUCAGGCCUAUGGAGCCCCCGUCAGAGCUGGAGGCACUCCAACUUUCGGCGUCUGAAAUUGGCGUCAUUAAGGAAGGACCGGUAAGGAAAUGGAUGGGCAUCCAGCAGAAAUGGGCAAAGAAGUACGAGAAGGAGAAGCGCGCCGUGCAGAAGAAGAGAAUAGAGGAGUUCGCCCAGGGAUAUGAAGAGUACGAAGGCGAAACGCCCCCGCCGACAGCCCUUGCAGGCCGACGACUGAAGGAUAAGGACAUGCCGAAGACGAGGGUAGCCAAGGGCUGGGGUCUGGCAAUGUGGAGCGGUUGGGGCAGCAAGCACGACCAAAUGACAAUCAAACGCGAGACGCAGGCAGACGGCGUCAAGGAAGAAGCAGUGGACGGAGAGGGAAAAGGUUCGGCCGAGAGCGAACCAAAGUCACGAGCUCGUUCGCUGAGCACCAGCAGCAAGAAGAAAAGCAAGCGUUCGAUCGCCUCCGCCCGUUCUCGUUCUCGCCGACGCACGAUCACCGACGAAGGACAGACCGGUUCCUCUGUCCCCCCUUCCCCCACUCUCACCCGAGACGCUCUCGCCGCCCCUGUCGCCGACGCCGACGAAUAUGGCAGCAGCAGCUUGGCCAUUCCCGCCAUCACAAAGGCAGGCACGAGCGCUGCCUCUGUCACCGCCACUAUCUCCACUCGCGCCCCCGAAGACGCCGCCAGCAUCAACACAGCCGCAAACUCCACUUUCUCCUCGCCUCUCCCAAGCCCUGGAGUUGGACAGCCUACUGUGGUGAUUUCUGAACAUGCCGCUGAAGGCGCUCCCCCGACUAUCAUCCCUGCGUCGCAAAAUUCGAGUACUCGUCCUUUCAGAGAUGGCAUCGCGUAUCCGUUCAAGCUUAACAUCGGCAACCACAAGUCCAACCCCAGCACCACUACUCUCAUGAGCUUUCAGGAGAGCUUGAGGAAGAGCAUGGAUAGUAGCAGCAUUGCUGACGUCAGCAUUGCUGGAACGAUGAGCAGGGCAGAGUUCAAAGAUAAAGAGGAGAAGGAUGAGCAAGAGGAGACGAAGGUGGAGUCGGCGCAGGAAGUCACUGUUGACGCGAAGACCGAAGAGUCCGCAAAGCCGACUGCUGAUGACAAGACCGGAGAAUCGGAGAAACUGGUGGCGGAAAGUUCGGAGAAGAAGGAUACGGAGACAAAGGACGGUACCGAGGUGAAGGAGGCUGCGGAGACAAAGGAUACUCCGGAAAGACCGGCGCCGGAGAGAUUCAUUACGGCGCAAGAGUUUUAA